CAUUUUUAUAAAACAUACCGAACUUAAAAAGGAAAAACAUUAAUAAUCUUUGAGAUAAUUUGCCUUUUAGUAGAUUAAGAAACUUGUGUGUUUAAAAACAACAAAAAUUCCAUCCAACAGACUUGGUUGCCAAAUCUUUUCAGGUAAUAUUGUAAUGGUGACUUUAAUAAAACUAAUGAAGAAUGAACUAAAAAAAUAAAAUAAAAAAAUGAGAGAGUACAAUAAUAAAAUCAGAGAACACGUAAAAAGGGAAGAAUAAAACGAAGGCUUGGCGAUAGAGAAUGGAAUCAGAUUUCCCCAUUAUCUAACGCAAAAUAUUCUUUCGCGCUUUAUGCCUUUCACCAUAAUUAGGUUUAUUUGUAUACAAUAUUCUUAUCAAUUCAACCAAUCAAUUCAAAUCUAUAUUUUCUUUUUUAACUUACUCCAGUUUGCUUAGCUAUAACAUGAAAUGAGUUAUUUUAUCAUUCAAAAAUAUUAGAUAUAAAAUGAGAUGAUUUUCUUAAAAUGAAAACUAAAAAAACAUGAAAAGUGAAGUGAAAACUCUUGAAAAUUAGUUUUCUUAAAUGAUUUUAAGUAGAAUUACAAAAUUAAAUUAUAUUAAAAUAUUACUAUUAUAGAAAAUAUUUACAUUAGUUUUUAUUAAUAAUGAUGCUUUUACAUACUCUCUUUAGGUUAAAUUUGAGUUUGUCAAACUUACAAAGUUUGCGAGAUUCAUUGAAUUAUUUGGGUCUUUAAACACUAGAAGUAACUUAGAUGAUAAAAAACACACUAGAGGUAAUUUCUUUAUACAUUUGUAAAACACAUCAACUACUAGUUCACAAGUUUAGUUAGCACUAUUUGAAAUAUAAUACAGCAAAAAAAUCCAUAAUUUUCUUUUUCGACCGUACAUAGUUAUGCUAUUACUAAGUGCUUAAUUUCAGAUUUGGUAUUAACAGAAACAUAAAUUACUUAUACAAAACAAGCAACAUUACAAGAAGAAAUGGCUUUAAAGAAAGAAGAACAUAUUCAAAUAAAUAAAGUAUAGCGUCGAAAAAACACACUUUCUCCUCUCUCUCUCUCUCUCUCUCUCUCUCUCUCUCUCUCUCUCUCUUCCGCGAUUACCGUCUGUCUCUGUGACAAAGGUUCGAAACGCUAUCCCUCCUCUCUCUCUCUUUCCACGAUGAACACGACGCCGUUUCAAUCAGAUCCUCCCCCAUCGAGGAUGCAGCGCAAACUCGUCGUCGAAGUAGUCGAAGCCCGCAACCUCCUCCCGAAAGACGGCCAAGGAAGCUCAAGCGCCUACGUCGUCGUCGAUUUCGACGCCCAGAAGAAACGAACCUCCACCAAGUUCCGCGACCUGAACCCUAUCUGGAACGAGAUGCUCGACUUCGCCGUCAACGACCCUCAGAACAUGGACUACGACGAGCUCGACAUCGAGGUCUACAACGACAAACGCUUCGGCAACGGCGGCGGCCGGAAAAACCAUUUCCUCGGCAGGGUUAAGAUCUACGGAAGCCAGUUCUCUAGACGCGGCGACGAAGGCCUCGUCUACUUCCCGUUGGAGAAGAAGAGCGUCUUCAGCUGGAUUCGCGGCGAGAUUGGACUCAAGAUUUAUUACUACGACGAAGUCGCCGACGAAAACAUCGCCAGCCACCACCACCAACAACUACAACAACCGCCGCAACCGCAACCGCAAGAAGCUGAUGAACAGUAUAUUCAUCCUCCGCCGCAGCAGAUGCAGAAUCUACCUCCGGAGAAACCGUCUUUCGAAUCGGCGCAGAGUCAUAGCUAUCAAGAGCCUCAGCAACCCCCCGUGGUUAUCGUCGAGGAAUCUCCGCCGCAGGAGGUAAUGCAAGGUCCUAGCGAUAACCAUCCUCCGCGACCGCCGUCUCCGCCGCACGAGGUGCACCGUUAUCCGCCGGAGGUGAGGAAGAUGCAGGUGGGGAGACCUCCCGGCGGAGACAGAAUCAGAGUCGCCGCGGCGAAACGGCCUAACGGAGAUUUCUCGCCUAGGGUUAUCAACAGCAAGAUCGGAGGAGCCUCGGAGGCGACGAUGGAGAAGAAGACUACUCAUAACCCUUACAAUCUCGUUGAGCCAAUGCAGUAUCUCUUCGUCAGGAUCGUGAAGGCGCGUGGACUCCCGCCGAACGAGAGCGCGUACGUUAAAGUGCGUACGUCUAACCAUUUCGUGAGGUCUAAACCGGCUGUUAACCGGCCUGGCGAACCAACGGAUUCACCCGAGUGGAAUCAGGUUUUCGCGCUGGGACAUAACCGAACGGACUCAGCCGCGUCCGGCGCGACUCUUGAAAUCUCCGCGUGGGACGCUUCCUCGGAGAGUUUCCUCGGCGGCGUUUGUUUCGAUCUCUCCGAGGUUCCGGUUCGCGACCCGCCGGAUAGUCCGCUUGCUCCUCAGUGGUACCGCCUCGAAGGCUCAGCCGCCGAUCAGAACUCCGGGAGAGUCUCCGGCGAUAUUCAGCUCUCUGUAUGGAUCGGCACUCAGGUAGAUGAAGCUUUCCCGGAGGCGUGGAGCUCCGACGCUCCACACGUGGCGCACACUCGUUCCAAGGUGUACCAGUCGCCGAAGCUUUGGUACUUGAGAGUGACGGUUCUCGAGGCGCAGGAUCUCCACAUUGCUCCGAAUCUUCCGCCGUUGACGGCGCCUGAGGUCCGUGUGAAAGCUCAGUUAGGGUUUCAGUCGGCGAGGACACGACGAGGCUCGAUGAAUAAUCACAGUGGCUCGUUUCAUUGGCAUGAAGAUAUGAUCUUUGUCGCUGGAGAGCCGUUAGAAGAUUGUUUGAUGCUGAUGGUUGAAGAUAGGACGAGUAAAGAGCCAAUGGUUCUAGGGCACGCGAUGAUACCAGUGAGCUCCAUUGAGCAGAGAAUCGAUGAGCGUUUCGUGCCGUCUAAAUGGCAUGCUUUGGAAGGAGAAGGUGGAGGAGGAGGAGGUGGUGGUGGUGGAGGACCUUACUGUGGAAGGAUUAGCUUAAGACUGUGUCUUGAAGGUGGGUAUCACGUGCUUGAAGAGGCUGCGCACGUGUGUAGCGACUUCCGUCCCACGGCUAAGCAGCUCUGGAAACCACCGAUCGGAGUACUUGAGCUGGGGAUACUCGGAGCUCGUGGGUUGUUACCGAUGAAGGCUAAAAACGGAGGGAAAGGCUCCACUGAUGCGUACUGUGUAGCUAAGUACGGCAAGAAAUGGGUUCGGACACGAACCAUAACUGACAGUUUCGACCCGAGAUGGCACGAGCAGUACACGUGGCAGGUUUACGAUCCCUGCACUGUCUUAACCGUUGGUGUGUUCGACAACUGGAGAAUGUUCUCGGAUGUGUCCGAUGAUAGACCUGAUACUCGGAUAGGGAAGAUACGGAUACGAGUCUCGACGUUAGAGAGCAACAAAGUGUACACCAAUUCGUAUCCUCUACUGGUUCUGUUACCUAGCGGUCUGAAAAAGAUGGGUGAAGUCGAGGUGGCGGUCCGGUUUGCGUGUCCUUCACUGCUACCUGAUGUUUGUGCGGCUUACGGACAACCACUUCUACCUCGGAUGCAUUAUAUAAGACCUCUAGGAGUAGCGCAACAGGAUGCAUUGAGAGGAGCGGCUACCAAAAUGGUUGCAGCGUGGCUGGCUAGAGCAGAACCACCGUUGGGACCAGAGGUGGUUCGAUACAUGUUGGAUGCAGAUUCACAUUCGUGGAGCAUGCGGAAGAGCAAAGCGAAUUGGUACAGGAUCGUUGGGGUUUUAGCUUGGGCGGUGGGUUUAGCUAAGUGGUUAGAUAAUAUCCGACGAUGGAGGAAUCCUGUGACGACGGUGCUAGUCCACAUUCUAUAUCUUGUUCUUGUGUGGUACCCUGAUUUGGUCGUCCCGACAGCAUUCUUGUAUGUAGUGAUGAUCGGAGUUUGGUACUACCGGUUUAGACCCAAGAUACCAGCUGGUAUGGAUAUCCGGUUAUCACAAGCCGAAACUGUGGAUCCUGAUGAGCUAGACGAAGAGUUCGACACCAUACCAAGCUCAAGGCGACCGGAAGUGAUCAGAGCUAGGUAUGAUCGGUUAAGGAUCUUAGCGGUGAGGGUUCAGACUAUUUUAGGGGAUUUUGCAGCGCAAGGGGAACGGAUUCAAGCGUUGGUUAGCUGGAGAGAUCCGAGAGCAACUAAGUUGUUCAUAACAAUAUGUUUGGUGAUCACGAUAGUUCUGUAUGUGGUUCCGGCGAAAAUGGUGGCGGUGGCUCUUGGGUUUUACUAUCUUAGGCAUCCGAUGUUUAGGGACACAAUGCCUACGGCGAGUCUCAGUUUUUUCCGGCGGUUGCCAAGCUUGUCUGAUCGGCUCAUCUAAGGGUGUGUUUUUUGAGUGUCCAAAGUCUCAGUAUGAUAUUUGAGCUGAGGAAGAGAAUAGAAUAAAGAUUCAUUUUGUGUUAAGAUUUAAAAGCUAUGAUUUAUAUCAUAUUAUUAUGAUUCGUUAUUUUAUUAGUCGGAUUCUGUCGGAGUUAUAAUCAGAUUGUACGAGUUUGAGACCUGACUGUAAUAUUUUGAAGCAAACGACAGAGAUGUUUGUGUACUUACUCUAAUCUGAAAUGCUUUAUUAAUUGCUCA